UCGAGGGAUGACUGAACUGCAUUUUAGUUUGAAAAUGUGACUCACGAGGAGGAGGAGGAGCAAGAAGAAGAGGACUAAAAACAUGGAGGAAGAGGAGGAGGAGGAGACGGAGAAGGAGGACGAAGAGGCGAUGGAGGAUGACAAAGAGGAAGAGGAGGAAGAGGAGGAAGAGGAGGACGAGGAGGACAAGGAAGACGAGGAAGAGGAGGAAGAGGAGGAAGAAGAGGAGGAAGACGAGGAGGAAGAAGAGCUGGAGGACGGAGAGGAGGAGGAGAAAGAGGAGAAUGAGAGGGAGGAGGACGAAGAAGAGGCGAAGGAGGCCUCGAGUAGGAGGGAGGAGGACAAAGGGGGCUUGGGGGGAGGCGGCGUCGAGUCAGGGGAGUGAGAGGCAGACUGCCUCGCCUCAACCCCCCCUCACCCGCCGCCCAGCCCCCUAACCCGCUUUUUCUUUUAUUUUCCUAAAUCAAUCAAUCAAUCAAUCAAACAAACAAACAAAAAAACAAACAAACAAAAAAACAAAAUCGUUAUCCAAUCAAAGCAAUCGAUUCGA